UGGUAUCUACAAGAGUAAAGUUGGACUUACAAACAAGCCUCAGGAACGUAACUCGUUCGUAAGUAGAGGAGCACCUGUAAAAGAAAAUCCUAAAGUCAAAAACAGAAAGGGAAUAAAAAUUUCUCAUGUGUGCAGGACUUAACACAUAUAGAGGGGGGAAAGGGAGCUGCAUGGAAGUCUCAGCACGCUGUUUUGUGAGUAGUGACACGAUUGCCAAAUGGCAAUGCAGUUUUCUUUAUUUAUUUUUUAUUUAUUUUUAUUAAUUUCUAUUUAUUCCUCAUAUUUACUGGUAAAGUAUAUUAUGUAUUAUGUUAUGUACAAAGAAUCGCUUCUUCCACACGUAGAUCAUCCUCUGGGCAAUUGAACGGUUCAUCCUGACAGUCACCAUGGACGACAGAGCCUCUCGUGCAUCCCGUGUGGGUCGCACGUGUUGCACAAUUCUAAGAUUGCAUUAGCAUAUCGGAAUACUGUAUUGCGAGUUAUUGCACAUCACUUUUUCAUAGCAUUGACACUGAAGGAAAUGCAUUCAGGUAGCGAUCCUCAUAAAAAUUAUCUUAGCCAUCGCUUAGCAGUAAAAGGUGUUAAUUUUUUAACCAUAAAACUGAUCGAGCGUAUAUAGAUCCUUAGUAUAAUGUUCAUUGCCUGUAGCUAACUACUGUGAUAUAGUACCUAACACAUAAAAAAAUUAAUAAUAUAAAUUUUGUAUAUUAACAUAAGGGACCAUAUUCAUACAAGCGAGAAUAGCUUUAAAAUAGUGAGAAGAGGUUUAAGAGAAUAGGCUCUUCAUACAGUAUAAGCAAAUACAGUAUUCACAGAGUGAAUGUAUAGGAGUAUGUGAUGUUUUAAAUAGAAUUCACAUAAAGGAAACCUGCUUAGAUUGAGUGUUUACUGCAUAGUUAUAUAAAAUUUAAAGAAAAUACAGGUACUGUACAGUAUAGCUACAUAUGAAUUUUCAUUUAUGUUUCAUUAAAAGCUUGCAGAAAGUGUCAAGUAUUUCAAGUUCAACAAAAAAAGGGUUGAAAUGAUGAGCAAGGCAGAUGAAGUGCCAGCAGAAUGUGAUGGCAUUGUGUACUGGAUGUGCCGUGAUCAAAGAGUUCAAGAUAAUUGGGCAAUGCUGUUUGCUCAGCGUUUAGCACUGAAAAACAAAGUGUCUCUUCAUGUGGCUUUCUGCCUCAUUCCAAAGUUUCUUGAUGCCACAAUUCGCCAGUACCACUUCAUGUUAAAAGGUUUAGAAGAAGUUGAGAAUGAAUGCCAGAAGCUGGGCAUUGAAUUUCAUCUUUUGCAUGGUGAAGCCAAGGAUGUCCUCCCAAAAAUCAUUGAGGAACACCAUAUAGGUGGUUUAGUGACUGAUUUUUCUCCACUUCGUUUACCUCAAGAAAUGCUUAAAGAUGUGAAAGAGACCAUUCCUAAGAACAUUCCAAUGUGUAAGGUUGAUGCACAUAACAUUGUUCCUUGUUGGCUGGCUUCAGAUAAACAGGAGUACUCAGCUAAAACCAUCCGUAGAAAGAUUCAGGAUAAACUUCCAGACUUUCUCACAAAAUUUCCUCCUGUUGCAAAACAUUCUCAUGAGAGUAAAUAUAAAGCAAAGCUGGUAGACUGGACUGCUGCUGAAAAGAGCCUAGAAGUAGACAGGACUGUGAAGCCUGUUGAAUGGGCAACUCCAGGAACACAUGCUGGAUUAGAUACCCUCAAUCAGUUUUGUCUCAAAAGACUCCGAAAAUAUGCUACCCAGCGGAAUAAUCCUAAUGCCAAGUCCCUCAGCAAUCUCUCCCCUUGGCUACACUUUGGUCAGAUAUCAGCCCAGAGAUGUGUCUUAGAAGUAAAACGAUAUAGAAAACAAUUUAAGGAUGCUGCCGAUGAUUUUAUUGAAGAGGCAGUGGUACGAUGUGAACUGUCUGACAACUAUUGUUUCUAUCAGAAGAACUAUGACUGUGUUGAAGGAGCUUAUAACUGGGCUAUAACAACUUUAAAUGAUCACAAGAAAGAUACAAGACAAUACUUGUACUCUCGGGAGGCAUUCAUUGAAGCUCAAACACAUGAUGACCUCUGGAAUUCAGCUCAGAUCCAGCUUGUGACGGAGGGAAAGAUUCAUGGCUUUAUGCGCAUGUAUUGGGCUAAGAAAAUUUUAGAAUGGACAGCUACUCCAGAAGAGGCCUUAGAAACAGCAAUUUAUCUCAAUGAUAGAUAUAGUCUUGAUGGGUGUGACCCUAAUGGAUAUGCAGGUAAGUUUUUCACAUGAUGGUUGUUUUCCCUA